CCAGCGUCCCCACCCGCGAUUCCAACACCCGUCGUACCACCUCCGCGUUUGGUCUCUUCACUUGGCCCACAAGUCUUGUCGAGCCAUCGGACGAUGCCUGCUGUUGCUUUUGGCUACGGCACUGAUGUGAAUGCCGUGUGGAGCGGUCCGUUUCUGCGGCGCCUCUUUCACGACUUGGACAGCGACCGAGACGGGUGUCUGACCAAACUCGAGACAUCCAUUGCGCUCCACAGAUUGAACGUCUACGUCCCUCCAUCUCGCAUCUCGACCUUCUUCACUCAGGCCGCCAACUUGACCGAGUCCCAACGCAGCGUCAUCACCUUUCGCCAGUUCCAGGCGUUCGUCUUGGCCGCAAAGGAUGCGAACUGGCAGCCCCCGACACAACCCAAACCAGUUCACGCGACAGCACUGCCGCAACAGCGGGCUCCCCUCGUGCUGGAUGACGUUGGUGCUGCAGCAUUUGAUGUGGAGCAAGCUCUGCCCGAGGUGAUCGCCGCCCGCGUUUUCGAACGCAUGGACGAAACUGCGAGGUCGUCGAUAGAUGCGGAGACAGUGCGCCAAAUCGCGCGCGAAUUAUUGCAAGAGCAACUCAAGAUGCAGCAAACGAUCACGCCUGGCGACACCACCGGACUGGUUGGGAUGGAAGCCGAGCUGACCAUGGAGCCAACCCCAGUUCAAAUGAAUGCUGUCGAGAUGGAAGUCCAUGCCGCCGACCUCGUCAAGGAGUUCCUCGUAGAGCACAUGCGGCAGUUCAAACCUGCUCUCGUGUCGCUACCUUGUCCCUCCAUGCCGAAGGAAAGCCCCCCUGAAGUACCAGAGAUCGCACCGUCCAUGGACCAAGUCGUGGACACGAGAGUCGCCACGAUGGAGCAAGCCACCGACACGAACGACUUGGUUGAGGCGCCGCCGCCAGCACUUCCAUCCGAGGUGGUCGCAGUUGAAGUGCAGGAGAAGCACGUUGUUCGAAACGUGGCGGAUUUGCCAGGCAAAACGUUGCUCGGGAAGUUGCUCCACUGCGAUGCCAUUGGCGAGUGCAACGUGCGAGGCCAGAUGCAGCCCCCCACUUCACUCGCGUCGACACUGCGACAGAUGAGAGCGGCGCGCCUUCGCAGGACUGUUCGACCUCCACCGUCUCCACGGUCCCCUCGACGGCACCAUGCCAACGACCCUCCACCCCCCGCUCCUCCACUGUCUCCCGUUUCAGAAUUCCCCCCACACACGUGGCAGCUUCCAUCACGUCAGCAUAUUCUGCCAGCUCCUCCGCAGGCUUUUCUAGGUCAAGUGCUCCCUGCUGCAUUGGCCGACCGCCCCAACUCGACACCGCUUGACCAGCAAGACCCAGCCGUGGCACAUCCAUCGGCCACCAAAAUCUACUCCUGGGACGCACCGGCCAUGCAGUUGGGUGUAGCUCCUCGACCCACGUCAGUCUCGAGCGUCAACAGCCGCAGUGUUGACAGCAGCGUCGCCAUCGAGUCGCAGAACGACGGCGAGGACCUGCUAUCGGAAGGCGAAGUUUUGCACGUCCCCGACGACGUCAGCGACGGCGAAGUCGACGGCGGUCCGGCGCACUCGACGUUUUAUCAUCUCCACAACGCCCACUGGCCAUCGUCGACUCGUCGGGCCGUUGUAAGUGCACCACCGUCCAACUCGUCGUCCGUGGAAGACGGCCAACUCCACACGCUCUUCAUGCCUGCAUCGUCCAUCGAUGACAACGCGUCCAGCACGGGAUCGAUCGAGUCUGGCGAGUACGUCCACCGCGGACGGGACACUGCCCGCACGAGUGGGGCCAUCGAUUUCGACUGAAAAUGAAUUGAACAUGCAUAAUGUGGCCGCA